AUGGCGACGCCUCGUGGAGCCAAGCUCAUUGUGGGGCUCGACUACGGGACUACGAAAACGUUAAUUUUGAUCAAUGGGUUAUUAGGCAUUGCAUACGCGUACUGGGACCCUAGUCAUCCACAGGCGAGCGCGAUCAAGUGCGUGCCUUUCGGCAAAAAACAAUUUGUUCCAUCACAUGUUGGAUAUGGAGGAAACGGCGAGGUCCUAUGGGGAGAUGCGGCGAGUGGAAGCGCCGUCCCCGGAUACACAUGGACCAAAGUCCUGCUCAACGAUGAUGGGCCACAGGAACAUAGCUUUGGCUCCGGGCUGUUGUCCCGUCUGGUCAGGAAUGGGUUCUUUUAUAUGUCGAAGGAUAAGCCCGACACAGUUGUUGUAGACUUUCUCAAACAGGUCCGCAAACAUGUGGCGGCGCAUCUAGAACUCGACUACAUGGAGGAGGUCCCUCCCACGGAAUUCUGGUUCACAAUUCCAGCCACGUGGACUGAAAAGGCUAGGGACCGAUUUCUUCGUGCCAUCAACCUGGCGGGCUUUGGCACGCGUCCUCAGGACCAUGUUUUGUUUUUGCUCGAGGCGGAAGCCGCUGCUUUGGCUACGGGGAAAAGCAGGGCUAUCGUGGUCUGCGACUGUGGAGGAGCGACAUCCGACAUAACGGCGUUUAGAAUCAGCAACAACGGGUCCGACCAGGAGUUCGGUCUGAUGUCAGCCAGCACAGGGGUCUAUUGCGGCGGUGCAGAAGUUGAUGCUCGGUUGCUCAAGCAUCUCGAAGUAACCGACCCUGUUGCGGUGGCUGCCGCGACCGAGCAGCAGGCCGACCUUGUCGCAACGGUGGAAAUGGCCGUCAGGCUCAAGAUCGAUUUCACGGGAACGAGUCGCGCCGUCUGA